GGGCGUGCGUGCCGUGACGCGAGCGUGGAGCAGGGCCCCUCAGGGCUGCGUGUCCUGGGCCGUGUCGCGCGCCGCGGCUCGUGCGGCUCGGCCCGGGCUGUGGCGGGAGCGAAGAUGCCACAGCCCGCGCCCCGGAGCGCCGCCAUCCCGGGCUGCGGGUGUCGCGGAAAUUGAAAAUGGCCCUUGAGCUAUGCUAAGUCUAUAAUGGGAAGUGUCACGGUUCGAUAUUUUUGUUAUGGGUGCCUUUUUACAUCUGCUACCUGGACAGUUCUGCUUUUUAUUUAUUUCAACUUCAGUGAAGUGACUCAGCCCCUUAAGCAUGUGCCCAUCAAGGGGUCUGGGCCCCAUGGACCAUUUCCCAAAAAAUUCUACCCACGUUUUACUCGAAGUCCAGGUCGAGUAUUAGAUCCGCAGUUUAAAGCAAACAGAAUGGGCGAUUUAAUGAAUAAUCACAUUGAAGAUCAGGAUAAAGGCCUCUCAAAGUCCUCCUCUGAGCUGGGUAUGAUUUUCAAUGAACGUGAUCAGGAAUUGAGAGACCUGGGCUACCAGAAACAUGCCUUUAAUAUGCUUAUUAGUAACCGUUUGGGAUACCACAGAGAUGUGCCAGACACCAGAAAUGCAGAGUGUAGAGGAAAGUCCUACCCGACUGACUUGCCAACCGCCAGUGUUGUUAUCUGCUUCUAUAACGAAGCCUUCUCUGCUUUGCUGCGGACUGUGCAUAGUGUUGUGGACCGCACACCAGCACACCUUCUUCAUGAGAUCAUCCUUGUGGAUGACAACAGCGACUUUGAUGAUUUAAAAGGAGAACUAGAUGAGUACAUCCAAAGAUACCUGCCUGCAAAAGUCAAGGUCAUAAGAAAUAGGCAACGUGAGGGAUUGAUCCGAGGAAGAAUGAUUGGAGCAGCCCACGCUAAAGGAGAAGUCCUGGUGUUCCUGGACAGCCACUGUGAAGUGAAUGUGAUGUGGUUGCAGCCCUUGUUGGCCAUCAUCCUUGAGGAUCCGCACACUGUGGUGUGCCCUGUGAUUGACAUCAUCAGCGCCGACACACUUGCCUACAGCUCAUCCCCAGUGGUUCGGGGAGGUUUCAACUGGGGGCUGCACUUCAAGUGGGAUUUAGUUCCUCCAUCUGAGCUGGGAGGAGCUGAUGGAGCUACUGCACCAAUAAGGUCACCUACAAUGGCUGGAGGGUUGUUUGCAAUGAAUAGACAAUAUUUCAAUGAUCUUGGACAGUAUGACAGUGGCAUGGAUAUCUGGGGAGGAGAAAACCUGGAAAUCUCAUUUCGGAUCUGGAUGUGUGGUGGGAAGCUCUUCAUCAUCCCUUGCUCAAGAGUAGGACAUAUUUUCCGAAAAAGGCGGCCAUAUGGAUCUCCUGAAGGCCAAGAUACCAUGACGCACAACUCCCUGAGGCUGGCACAUGUCUGGUUAGAUGAGUACAAGGAGCAGUAUUUUUCCUUAAGACCUGAUUUGAAGACCAAAAGCUUUGGAAAUAUCAGUGAGCGUGUUGAAUUGAGGAAGAAAUUGGGCUGUCAAUCAUUCAAAUGGUAUUUGGACAAUAUUUACCCUGAGAUGCAGGUACCUGGCCCAAACGCCAAACCUCAGCAGCCCAUCUUCAUCAACAGAGGGCCCAAGCGCCCCAGAGUCCUUCUGCGUGGACGGCUCUACCACCUGCAGACCAAGAAAUGCCUGGUAGCCCAGGGCCGCUCCAGCCAGAAGGGAGGACUGGUGCUGCUUAAGGCCUGUGACUACGGAGACCCAUCUCAGAUCUGGAUUUAUAAUGAAGAGCAUGAAUUGAUUUUAAAUAACCUCCUUUGCCUUGACAUGUCAGAAACUCGCUCUUCAGACCCACCCCGGCUCAUGAAGUGCCAUGGGUCAGGAGGAUCUCAGCAGUGGACCUUUGGGAAGAACAAUCGGCUGUACCAAGUGUCUGUUGGACAGUGCUUGAGAGUGGUGGAUCUGGUGGAUCAGAAGGGCUCUGUUGGCAUGGCUAUCUGUGAUGGCUCCUCCUCCCAACAGUGGCACCUAGAAGGUUAAAGUGGGACCUAGCUGGAGACAACAUAAUUCACCAGGUUUUCUUACACCUGCCACAAAUGAAGGUGCUUUAUGAAGGAUGUAGCUGACCCCAUCAGGCAAGAACCUUGGUAGAAGGUGCUACACUGGGAGUUUCAUUAUUUCUGCUGCUAAGGGAAUCUUGUUUAUUCCAGGGGAAACAGAAAAUAAUUCUAAAGAGAUGGGCCUAUUAGUAUAAACCCAGGAAGCAGACAUUUCUAUUUAUUUAUGUUUCUCUUAUUCUCCCUUGGAGAUGGAAUGGUUUCUGUCUAAUCAAAGAGGACUUCAUAGGAGAUUUUUUUUUUCUACUAUCAUUUGUUUAAUGUUCCUAAUAGAUUUUAAGAACUAGUUGAAUGCAUAUUACUUUCAGCUUCAGAAGGUAUCAUGUAUAUUUAAGAGACAUUUAACUAUUAUAAAUUAUUUUGAUGACUUAAUAGGGUGUCUACAUUAAAUAAAGGAUCUUUUUUUGAUCAUUUAACUAGGA